GGAAAUCUCGCUUCGACUACGCUACGAUGAAGGCUGAACCAAACCCGUUGUACAAAUGGAGUAAUUGUAGUCUUUACGUGAGUAAUUUGGAAAAAAUGGACCUACAUACAACAUUUUCCCAGCUCAAAAUCAAAUAAGACACGACAAUGACUCCACUCGAACUGCUAGUCGUGGCGGAAGUACGGAAAUCGUAAAGCAACUCGUAAAUGAAACCCGGAAGCUGUUACCGCUUCUUACGUUUACACACAGAGGAGUGUUUGUGCGUGUACGCCGUGGAAGCCACUCUUGUUUUCCUGCUGUGCUGCUCACCGUAAUACCACCUUGACGCCCAGGCAGUAUGAGCAGAGAGCUCAACGUGCCCACGGGCUCGCCGGCCCCGGGUAUGUCAGAGCGGGCUCCGGAUGGCGGCAGCGGCGGCAGCGGCAUGGACUACCGGGACUGGGUGCGGCGCAGCUACCUGGAGCUGGUUAGCUCCAACCACCAUUCGGUGCAGGCCCUCUCCUGGAGGAAGCUCUACCUGAGCAGGGCCAAGCUCAAGGCCUCCAGCAGGACCUCUGCGCUGCUUUCUGGCUUCGCAAUGGUGGCCAUGGUGGAAGUGCAGCUGGAGAUGCAGUACAGUUACCCGCGCGUGCUGCUGGUGGCGUUCAGCGUGUGCACCACGGUGCUCGUGGCCGUGCACCUGUUCGCGCUGCUCAUCAGCACGUGCAUCCUGCCCAACGUGGAGGCGGUCAGCAACAUCCACAACCUCAACUCGGUCAGCGAGUCGCCGCACGAGCGCAUGCACUACUACAUCGAGCUGGCGUGGGGCUUCUCCACCGCGCUGGGCAUUCUGCUCUUCUUGGCCGAGGUGGUGCUACUCUGCUGGAUCAAGUUCCUGCCCGUGGACUCGGGAGGUGCCGCCGCGACGACAACGGCGCCCGUUGCGCAAGACAGCGGCUGGCUGGCGGCGCUGGCGUCCACCAUCAUCAUGGUGCCCGUGGGGGUCAUUUUCGUGGUGUUCACCGUCCACUUCUACCGCUCGCUGGUGCGCCACAAGACGGAGCGCCACCACCAGGAGAUCGAGGAGCUACACAAGAUCAAGGUGCAGCUGGACGGCCACGAGAGGGCGCUGCAGGUUGUGUGACGGACCAUUUAUAAACAUCGCUCACCAGCUUCCCUCAAGGUCACUGUUAUUUAUUCAAAAACGUCAAAUUACUGUAUGCUUCUGUGCGCUUUUGUUUUUCUCUCCAAAGUGUCCAUUUUGUGCUUUAGGCCAUUUGUGCAUUUAUUCAGUAUCCUUGAUAUCCAUGUAGGAUGUCGGGGGUGGGGGAUAUGAAAUUGACCAGAUUUAGACACAGGGAUUGAUAUCAAAUAAAUGCUCACGUGGCAUUCCUUCUUCAGGUCCAUGUACUAGUAUACAGUACUCAAAAAUCACAGCAGGAGAAAUAACGUGUACAUUUCUGCUCCACCCACAGAAAGUUUCCAAUGUGGAAAAUUCACAGAAUUCUGCAACCCUUCUCCGUCACUACGAGUUCUUCAAACCAAUUUACUGUACGAUUUUGGUGUUUUAAGAAUUCAUUUUUGCACUUUCAAUAUUUGGAAAGCAGCUUGAGUUCCAGUUCUGACUUUGGUCUCUGUCCUCACCUGUAAGACAAUUCAGCGCACGUUUGUCUCAACCAGUACAUGGACCUUCACCGCAUCAUCAAAUGAAUGAAUGUUUAGACAUCUUCUUUGUCUGCGCAGCGAGUCAUGUUGAAUGUUUUUACAGAAAAGGGCUAUGGCGUUCUUUGUGCCAUGUUGUUGUUGUGACUACGAUGCAGCUCGUCCGCUCAGCCUUCUGUUGCCGUCCAAUGAAAAACACGAAUGUCCAUUUGGUGAUUUUCACUCAUGUGUGGUGUUCAUCCUUUUGUCAGUGAGCCUGUAUGAUGUCAAGGCGGAACUGUCAUAAAUGGUCCCAACUUGAUACAGAUGUGACUAGCACGUGUUUGAAAAUGUCUUCUCGUACCUGUUCCUC